AUGGCCGACAAACCGACGCGAGCUCGAUCUGUUGAAUUUAUCUCUUCUCAAUAUGAUGAGCUUUCUCAAUUUAAAGAAACAGCCAAAAGGCAGAUACAAGAUAUACUUACUAGAGUCAACAAAAUUUCAGAAAGAUGUGAUCUGAUUGCAAAAACUGUCGAAGAAUCUGAAGCAUACAGCUAUCAGUUCAAUGUUAAAAUGGAGUACCAGAAAUAGCCGAAAAAGAAUCUGCCCAACAGACUGCUAAUCUCUGUAUCAAGUUAUUUACUGCUUUGGGAGCAGAAGAUGUAUCUUUGAAUGAUAUUGACACGGCACAUCGAGUACCAUUCCGAUCAACUUCAAACAGACCAAAAGCUAUUGUCUGCAAGUUUGUGCGAAGACUCGCCAAAGAAAAAGUCAUGACUGCCAGAAGAAACGUUGGAAGCAUGAAUGCGGAGCAGUUGGGUCUUGAAAUCCACGCAGAUGUAGGUCAUAUUAAUCUAUAUGAUCACUUAACACCGAAAAUUCAAGAGCUUUUGUACAAAGGCAAACAAUUUAAAUUUACUAAUGAUUUUAAAUAUUGCUGGGCAAAGAAUGGUCGCGUUCAUCUGCGAAAGACAAACAAUUCAAACAUAAUUAUAUUGAAAUGUUUGGAAGACUUAGAAGGAAUAAUGCCGCCAAGAUAA